UGUCCUCUUCUCUCCUGUCCCGUCCUGUCUGAGCUGGCCAUGGCAGCGCUCCCUGGGGCCGCGGCCCCGCGCCUGCUCCUCAUCCCCCGCGAGGCGGCCGAGUCUGCCGCCGGCCGGCGCCUUUCCGUUGUCCUGCCGGCAGGAGCAGCCCCUAGUCCCCCGGGGGCUCCGCAGCCGGCCCGCAAACGGCAGCGGCUCACCCAUCUGAGCCCGGAGGAGAAGGCGCUGCGCAGGAAGCUGAAAAACCGUGUGGCGGCCCAGAGCGCCCGGGACAGGAAGAAAGCGCGGAUGACGGAGCUGGAGCAGCAGGUGGUGGAGCUAGAGGAGGAGAACCAGAAGCUGCUUCUGGAGAACCAGUUCCUGCGGGAGAAGACGUGCAGCCUUUCCCUGGAGAACCAAGAGCUCCGCUGCCGCCUGGGUUUGGAUGUUCUGAAAACAGAGAAGGAAAGCGAGUCUAAGGUGAGCAUUGCGGUGGUCUCAGUGGCUACUACGUGUUCCUCUGCAGCAGGUGCAGGCCCAGCAGUCACCAUUUCUGACAAAUUCCACGUGGAUUCUGAUGGCAGUGACUCUUCAGAUUCUGAGUCUGAUCUUCUGUUGGGCUUUCUGGACAGUCUGGACCCAGAGAUGUUUCUCAAAUGUGCUGAUUCAGAAUCAGCAUGCCUGGAAAAGCUGGAGGAAGAGAUCUGUGGAGAAACAAAUUCCAUACCGGCCUCCCCCUCUCCCUCUUUGGGGUCCCCAUCAGCUAAGCUGGAGGCCAUUAAUGAACUCAUAAGGUUUGAUCAUGUAUACACAAAGCCCUUAAUAUUGGAGAUUCCUGUAAAAACGGGCAACCAAACCAAUAUGCUAGUGAAAAUUGAGGAAGUAUCUCUCUCUCCAUCUGAAGACAGAGCUAUUGCUGAGAUCCCAGCCUCUGUGAAAGAGGAACCUGUAGACAGCUUUAUGCCAGAACUAGGCAUCUCUCAUCUGCUUCCCUCUCCUUGUAGCCUUGCAGCCUCAAGCUAUCUGUUGGAUGCUGGUAGUGACUCAGGAUAUGAAGGAUCCCUAUCACCUUUCAGUGACAUGUCCUCUCCACUUGAUACUGACCAUGCCUGGGAGGAUAGCUUUGCAAAUGAACUAUUUCCUCAACUGAUCAGUGUCUAACUCAGUGUUAACUCUCCCUGGUUAACUAUUCUGGCAGGGUAACAGGAUAUGCCCCUUGGGGGGUGUGUGUGGGAAAUCAACUGUAUACAGAAAAAUGAUAAUUUCUACCUAAGAGUGCUGGUAGGUGGGGUGAUGACCAAUGUAUUAUGGUCAAUGUAUUUCUACUAGUAUGAAGGAAAAAAAAAACAAAAAACUAGGGUGUUGUCCCUGUGUCUGUUGCCCCCCUCCCCCAGUGUUGGCUUAUGAGAGAAGUUGGUUUCUCAGUAACUUGGCAAUUUGGCUGAACCUGAAAAUCAAAAUACUCAUUUUCUUUGAUGCUGAAAGCUUUAAUGGUCUAUUCAUGUAUAGACAGCUGGGUUGAAACUACAUAGUCUGUACAUCUUAUGGAUUUACUGUGUAAAUGCUUGUUUUCCAUUUGCUAUGUAGAGUUGCUUUCUCCAUUUUAAUAUUUAACUGUAUUGGUGCAAUUAAAGUGCAAUGCAGCUCA